UCAAUUCAUUUCCACCCACAGUGUUUUAAUGUAAAUAAUAAAUAUGGCUAGUCCAACGGAUAUUGCAAAAUUUAACUACAAAGAUUUUUCCGAGAAGAAAAUUCUCGGAGAGGGGUCUUUUAACCAAGUUUAUCAAGUGUACAAUCCUUAUAUUGGGAACUGUGUUGUGAAGAUCGUAUCACGAUGUUUCUAUGGACAAGAGAGAGAGAAAAACUUGUUGUUAAAAGAAGCAGCUGACAUGCAAAGAGUCCGGCAUGACCAUCUUCUACCGUUAUUGGGGGUUGUUAUGGAACCGGAGCAUCUAUGUCUUGUGUUUGAUGUGGCAGAUAAUGGAUCACUGCUGCAUGCUUUACAAAGGAUUCAGAUUCCAUGGUCGAUUAAGAACAUGAAUGCUUAUCAGGUUAUCCUGGCAGUAUGCUUUCUACACGAACAAGAUGAUCAAAUUGUUCACAGGAAUUUAAAAACAUCCAAUGUCCUGCUAGACGCAGAGUUUAAUGCAAAGGUCUGUGACUUCGUUCUUCCAAACCGGUUUCAGUGGAUCUCCCAAGCCACCCAACAACGAGAUAGAACGGGCCGCUACCGGAGGCAGGGUCCCACCAAGCAGAGAAACGGAUCUGAAAUUGCGUUUCUUGCCCCAGAAGCGAUUAAAAACAUAAAUGCAAAACCAGACCCCGCUUUCGAUGUAUAUUCCUAUGGUGGAAUAUUAAAGGAGUUACUUACAGGGAAACAACCGUUUACAGAUAAAACAACAAAAGAAGUAUUUGAAUACAUCGCGAACGGCAACUCUAUGCCCAUUGGCGAGCUACUGCCUGGCCAUCCUCCUGAGUUGGUGGAAUUAAUGAGAGAAACUUUAAAAAGUGAACCACACGACAGACCCCUUUCUUCAGAGGUUUUGCGUCGCAUUCAAAUUAUCCACGAAACAACAAAACAUGAGGUUCCGCAAGAUCUUAAAACUUGUAAACAAUCAUAUAAAAAAUACACGGUUGUUCGUAAACUGCGCCAACCUCCACAAGGGCAAUUAAAAACUUUUGAAGAGAACAAUACUUUAAACAAACCGUCGAACGAACGAAACGUGGUUGGUCAGGUCAUGGCUUCCUCAGCUAAACCUGCUACUUCAUCAAGCUCUGGAAUACAAUAUGGAGCCCAACCGGAAGGUGAAUCUGAAGAAGAUGAAACGAAACCACAAAGCUACAUCGGGCAUGCUCAAGAUCUCGGAGUGGGGGCACAACCAAUUCCACAAUAUUCAUCAUCACUAGGGGCAGCCAUGAGCCCACCACCAGGGGCAUCAAUGAGCCCACCACUGGGGGCACAAGGGAGACAAACUAUCACAACUGAAAACAUAGGCGGUUCCACCUCGAUAAGAAUAGAUGUUAACACCAACCAUAAUGGCCCAGUGACCCCCACACCACAGGAUUUCACCAUAGUGAGAGCAUUGAGUUCAAAUCGUAUACUGAGUAAGACAGACAUGAUAUUCGUUGCAUCGAAGAUGGAUAACAGAUUCAAACUUUUUGCUAGAAUGAUGGAACUUGAAGAUUCAGUCAUCGAACAUGUUCGCUACAAUAAUGAGAAAUAUGGGCUGGAGGAAAUUGUGUACCAACUUAUACAACGUUGGGUUCGGGGCAAAGGAGGCCAGGUGUUGGUGCAAAACAUGGCCCAGGUGCUGGUAGAUGCUGGUUAUCAGCAUAUUGCUCAACUAUUAGAACCUUGAACUUAUGCUAACUGUGUAAAAAAUGUUUAUGGUUCCAAUAUAUAUAUAAUAGUCAAAAUAUAUCGUUGGAUUGUUAUAAAUAAUAGAGUGGGGAAAGAUGAGACACCUUUUCGUUCUAUUUUCUCGUCCCAAUUAGAAGUAAACAAUGAACAUUCAAAGAAUUAUUAAACCGUAUCCUCACGACUCCCAUAGACUGUUGUGAAUUGUUUAACACAUAUCAGGAUAUUUGAAUAUUAUGUGCUAAAGGUGUCCUAUCUUUCCCCAUAGUACUAUAUAUAGUACAGACAUAAUGGUCCAUAUAUAUGGUAAGGUUGAAAUAAGUAAAGCCAUUUUCAGUGAAAGUAAUUAAUUAUUUUAACUUCGAAUACUACUUAAAAUAUGGUUUAGUUUCCAAACUCGAAAAGAAUAUUGAACGCCACUCAAAGUAUAUGGUUUUAGAAUUUUAAACCGAAACAUUUAGGAUGAAAGCAGUUUUAUCAUAAAUAUAUGGUCUGUUAUGCUUUUUAUGGGCUGUAAUAUUUGAAAAUCCUUGUUUUGUGCUUGUAAGACUUUAUAAAUACUUUAAAGUGCAGACACAUUCUCGUAUAAAAAACCAUGUUGACAAGACAUUCUGUACAUUGUUUCUUUUUGCAAUGUGAAUUUAUAAUUUUAACGCCCGUUUAUAAUUUUAAUGUCAAUUUAUAUUAUUUCUGAUGUAUAUGCGCAAAAUUGGGGUAGUUUUAAUGGCCCUGAAAUUUCCUUUUUCUGCAUUGUUUGGUUAACAUUACAACCUAUAUAGUAAUAUGUUUUAUGCAGUUGCAAUUCUAAAUUUGAAUGUGUCAUAUUUACAAAAGUGAAAUACUAUACUGCAUAAGUCUUAAAUGAACACUUAAAUAGUUUAUAAAUAAUAUAAAAAUGAAUGUAAGUUUUCCUUGUGUGGCCGGAAAACGACAGUUGUUAAACAUGGGUGUUCUGUUUCAUACACCUUGUUCCAUAUAUAUACAUGUGAAAAAUAUAUGUUGUACUGUGGGUAUGAUGGAUACUGUUAGCAUAUAUAUGCCUUAUUUUCUAAUCAUGUUUUAUCAAUCAAUGAUGAUAUUUUGGAGUCCUGAUAAUAUGGUUUUACAAUUGUGUAAAUAACCUUUGUUUACUACCAAAUGAGACGAUAAAAGUUAAUGAAAACAUGAACCAUCUUACCCUACCCUACUCUGUUUAAAUAGGGAUGGGUUUUAAGUUCAAUUUAUCGGUUGCUAUGUUGUUGUAAAGUUCAUUUUUUAACUUGUAAAUAAAGAAAACAUGUUUG